UUCGUCCCGCCCCCUUCCCGGGAGUCAGUGCACAGCUUUCUACUUCCGCUUCCGGCGGCUUUUGUGAUACCCACAGCGCAGCGAUGGCGGCCGGUGGCGGUGAUCCGCGGGCUGGCGACGUGGAAGAGGACGCCUCACAACUCAUCUUCCCCAAAGAAUUUGAAACAGCUGAGACACUUCUAAAUUCCGAAGUUCAUAUGCUUUUGGAGCAUCGGAAGCAACAGAAUGAGAGUGCAGAGGAUGAGCAGGAGCUCUCUGGGGUCUUCAUGAAAACUUUGAACUACACAGCUCGAUUCAGUCGAUUCAAAAACAGAGAGACCAUUGCCAGUGUCCGUAGUUUGCUGCUCCAGAAAAAGCUGCAUAAGUUUGAACUGGCCUGUUUGGCCAAUCUUUGCCCAGAGACUGCUGAGGAGUCCAAGGCUCUUAUCCCAAGCCUGGAGGGACGAUUUGAAGAUGAAGAGCUGCAGCAGAUUCUUGAUGACAUCCAGACAAAGCGUAGUUUUCAGUAUUAAUCUCCAGACAUCACUCAGUGGCUUAGAGGGUGCCACUUUCUCCAGUGCCAGAUGGGCUUUGCUUUUCAGAAAUCUAACCUUUGGAGGGGACAUUACAGCUUGGGUUGGGUCAGUGUGCUCUCGAGUUGUUCUUGGAAGCCCCUGGUCACUGAACCUGGAGUGCCUGGGCAGUGGUUGCCUGCUGCUGCCUAAGCUUGCUGCUGUGAAGGUUGGAGGGGUAAUGUGCAGAUCAAGCUGUCAGCUACCUCAUGUGGUGGUUUUUGAACCCCAUGUUAUUUUUUUAUUCCUUGUAUUUCAAUUUCAGGUGUGUAAGGCCUACAAGCACAGUAUUAAUGUGUUUGUAAUUUUGAAAGUAAAUGAGAACAUAGAAACCUUGUAUGGGUAAAAAUAGUAUUACCUAGCAAACCCACCCCCACACACUUCCACCCCCCCACCCCUGUACUCCUGGGUGAGGAGCGCCAGGAAACCAAGCAACCCUUCCCAUCAGUGAGCAGCUGUGAGUGCACAUUUACUGGAACCUACACCAUGCUGGGACCUGGUAAGCAGCUGUGAGCCUGCCGGCCCGUGGGCUAAAAAUCAAACCACAUCUCCCCCACUCCCAAGUGAUCUGUACAUCCCUUGGGAGGUUGACCAUAGGCAAUGCAUCAAAUAGGGGGGAUUUCCUUCUACCAUCUCUUUGAAGGCAAAUACUUUUUAUCGCUGUUUUGCUUUGUUCUAAUUAAUGGUGUUAUUUUAGCCUGUUUUGUUUUUUGAACUUCAAUAUGCAUGAAAGUAUGAACAGCUAUUUUGAAGAGAAUGAGAGACUCUACUAUAGCCACUAGUGACUUCCCUAUUGUCUGGUUUUGAAGACCUAAAAUGCCUUCCUCAUUCUGUUCAGAUCAUUUUUCUGCUAUGUUGUUUUGUAUGAAUUCUCUGUAUGCAAAGACAUGGACAACUAUUUGGAAGAAAUCAAGAGAAUAUGAUAGAUAGCGAAGAUCUCAGGUUGUCUAGCUUUGAAAUUUGUAUCUCUUACAUUUCUUUUUUAUGUCCCAUUUUGUUCUGUUUUGUUGUGUUUAAUUUUACUCCCUUUAAAAUAGUUGUCUGCAUUCUCCACUAAUAAAAAAAAGAAGUAAUGGCAAAA